AUGCACCGCGAGGCCUCGGAGCCCGUGGCGGACGGCGGAGCGGAGGAGGACUGCGCGCGGGAGCCGGGCUUGGAGCCAGCCGAGGAGGAGUCGGCGGGUGACCACGGGAACGCAGGCCAAGGGGGCCGCAAGGAAGAAAUUAAUGAUCCUAAGGACACAUGCGUGGGUCCUUCGGACACUUCCUACCUCAGCAAGCAGAAACACAGUGGUGAUAGCUGGUCAGAGGGUCGCUUAGCACAGCAAAGAGAUGACAAAGAAGACCGUGGCCCCAGAAUGACUAAAAAUUUUCUGCAAAAACUGUGCAAGCAGCACAAGCUUUAUAUUACCCCAGCACUGAACGAUACACUGUAUUUACACUAUAAAGGCUUUGACCGCAUCGAGAACUUGGAAGAGUACACAGGGCUGCGUUGUCUCUGGCUGGAGUGCAACGGAAUACAGAAAAUCGAGAACCUAGAGGCCCAAAUGGAACUGCGAUGCCUCUUCUUGCAGGUGAACCUGCUCCAUAAGAUCGAGAACCUAGAACCUCUGCAGAAACUGGAUGCUCUCAACAUCAGCAGCAAUUACAUCAAGACCAUUGAAAACCUCUCCUGCCUGCCUGUCCUCAACACGCUCCAGAUGGCCCACAACCACUUAGAGACCGUGGAAGAUGUUCAGCAUCUCAAGGAAUGUUUGAAACUGUGUGUCCUUGACCUUUCCCACAACCAGCUGAGUGACCCAGAGAUCCUGAGCAUUCUCGAGAGCAUGCCCAACUUGCGUGUACUGAAUUUGAUGGGAAACCCAGUGAUUAGGAACAUCCCUAAUUAUCGAAGGACAGUCACUGUUCGACUAAAACAUUUAACAUACCUGGAUGAUAGACCAGUUUUUCCAAAGGACAGAGCCUGUGCAGAGGCCUGGGCACGAGGAGGGUACAAAGCUGAGCAGGAGGAGAGGCAGCAGUGGGAGAGCAGAGAGCGGACGAAGAUCACAGACAGCAUUGAGGCCUUAGCCGCAAUCAAGCGCCAGGCUGAGGAGAGGAAACAGCAGAAAGCAAGCCAAGAGCAAGGGGAGAUGCUCGCGCCAGACAGUGCUGGGGACUUGGGUGCCACUGUGGAAGGGGAGGAAGCGCCUGAAGAGGACAGAGAAAGGUGGCAGAAGACGGAGCUGUUUGUCAAGGAAAGCUUCGAGGCCAAGGACGAGCUAUUCCCAGAAAAGUCAGAAGAGUCGAGUCUCCCGGAGGAGCUGCCUGUGGAUGCUGACGGGGAGCCAGGAGGGGCGCUCCCUGCCAAGGCCCCGCCACUGAGCCCCGGAGCAGCCUGGGAAGAAUCAGCUCCCCAGACGGUGGCCACUGAAAGUGCAUCAGGUACAGAGCUCUGUGGAGCUGAAGAUUUGGAAGCCAUCAGACUGGAGACGAAGGAGCAGCUCUUCAUCGAUGACCUGCCUGACUUGGAAGACGUGGAUGCAGGCGGAUCUCCGGGAGACCAGCACAAGAAGAUGUGCUUUCCAAAGAUUACAGCCAUCUCGAGCCCGAGUGACGACAGUGACCCUGAACUAGACUACACCUCACUCCCAGUGCUGGGAAAUGCAUCCACAGACACCCUUUCCAGUAUAUUUGCAGUCUCCAAGGACACCUCCAGGAAGGCCGAGACGGAGACGCCCUUUACAGGCAUAUUUAAAGCAGCAGCAGAGAGGGACUUGGCAACCCGCAGGAGAGACACCAAGUCCCCUCGCCCACUGAUUCAGGAGCUGGACGAUGACGAGCCUUUAGGGCAACCACCCUGGCCCCCAGCCUGCCAAAGGGAAGCCGCGCCAGCCCCGUGCAGUGAGGACAGGCGUGGCGACCUGCUUCUGGCCUCCCCUCCAGGAAACAGCCCCGAAAAGGAUGAAGCCCAGUCUGAGGCGGAGCCUGAGGAGUGCCCGGAGCCCAGGGCCACAGAAGACCGGGACUGA